AUGAAUGGUCCACCGGGAGAAGCGCCUCCCAUUCCCAUUGAAAUGCUCGCUCACAACACACACUAUACACACAACACACACAACGCAUACAAUUCUAAUCCUUUCGUUAAUCGACGAAAAAGAGAGACAGAAAGAAAUGACUCGCCUUUGGAUUUGAAGGAAACGAUUGACGUGAAUACUGUUAGCAAAGAGGAGUUGAGGAAUAAAUUGAUGACAGUUUACACGAGUAUAUAUGCCAUUAGAAAAGAGAUUGAUUUGAUUGUAAGUCCCGAAGGAAGCAAACAGUUUCCAGCGAGAAAUUGUCGAGACCUCUACUCUUCACAUCCAACACUUCUCGACGGCUGGUAUUGGAUUGAUCCAAAUCUUGGGGUCAAUUCGGACGCGAUUCACGUGUUUUGCAAUAUGACUGCCGGCGGACAUACAUGUGUGGCAGCAGACAAACUAACCUCAAAUAAAGAGUUAAUGAGUUAUAAAAAAGAGAGAAAUGAGCGCUGGUUUAGCUCUUUGAAGAAUGGAUACAAAAUUACAUACGAAGAGAUGGGUUCAGUUCAGCUCACCUUUCUUAGAUUGCUAAGCAAACGGGCCUAUCAAACAUUUACGUAUCAAUGUAUCAAUUCAGUAGCAUGGUACUCUCAACAAUCAAAAUCAUACGACUAUUCUAUUAAAUUCUUGGGUCAAAAUAAUCAAGAAUUUGGCUUUCGUUCAGUCAUUAAACCUGAAAUUCUUGACGACGGCUGCAAAUUGUCGAAUGAGAGCUCAACUCAAUUCAUGAUACAAACAACAAAACCAAUGCAUUUACCAAUUGUUGACUUUUGGCCCUCAGAUUAUGGACUAUCCACACAACAAUUUGGAUAUAACGUUGGACCAAUAUGCUUUCAUUGA